CGAGGCUUCUGGGGCCCUGCCAGAGGGGUUAGGUGUUGGGGCACACGAUCAUACACUGUCUUUAAAAGCUUUAUGCUUUCCCCUGUCCCUAUACCUGAACCCAAGGAAACUAGUCGUUCUCUUCGGUAAGCUUUUUACUGAGCAAACUUCUUCGACUACCGCGAACGUAAGCUUUUUGACCUAUGAAGGAUCCGUAAAAUCUCGCGAUACUCCCAGCUCGCGAGAAAGCUGUCAUGGCUGCGCCUGUAUAGAACCACGGGGUUCUGACCUCAGUUUACACAUUGUGGGAGAAGUGGAGGAAGCCUAUAUUGGAAAUCAACGGCAUGUCUUCUCUGUAAACAACGGCUUGUCUUCUCUUUCACUCCCUGAAGUGGCACUGUAUUAUAUAGACUACUUUAAAGCGAUUUGAAAGCGUUUGAGUGGAUAGCACAAUGAAUAGCAGAGCAGGUUCCUUUUUAUGGAACCUCAGACAAUUCAGUACUUUAGUUCCAACAAGCAGAACUAUGAGGCUGUAUCCUUUGGGAUUUUCCAGACUGAAAAUUGUUUAUUCAAACUGGAACCCAAGAAACCUUCUCUUAAGUGACUUUGGUAAUGGAGUGCAGUCAUCUAUUAGAUAUCUAUUUCAGGAUGCCUUAAUUUUUAAAUCAGGAGAUAAUUUUCAAACAAAGGGCAUAGGCACUGAAACAGUCCUUACAGUCGAUAGACUGCUUUGUCCUAGAAGACUGUCCUUUGAUUCAAAACACUCUCUUGACCCCGAUGAUGGAUUGAAGAAGAUAACAUUUCAUCAUAAGGCCUCCAAUGAAGAUGUGCUCACCAAAGAAACUAAACCAACCCCUGUCAACUAUAAAAAACUGUCUCAGGAGUGUAGUUCUCUGAGUGAUGUGUUAGAUAGAUUUUCAGAAGGACCUAUAUUUCCCGGUAGUAACUAUUUUUCAGCAAUGUGGAUAAUUGCCAAAAGGAUGUCUGAUGACCAGAAGCGUGUUGAAAAACAACUGAUGUUUAACCACCCUGCAUUUAACCAGCUGUGUGAACAAGUGAUGAGAGAAUCCAAGAUCAUGCACUAUGACCACCUGCUGUUCAGUCUUCAUGCUAUGGUGAAGCUUGGAAUUCCUCAGAACACUCUGCUGGUACAGACUUUGCUGAGGGUGGUCCAGGAACGUAUCAAUGAGUGUGAUGAGAAAUGUCUUUCAGUUUUGUCAACUCUUUUAGAGGCAAUGGAGCCAUGCAAGAAUGUGGAUGUUCUUCGAGCAGGGUUGCGGAUACUAGUUGAUCAGCAAGUCUGGAAAAUAGAGCAUGUCUUUACAUUACAAGCUGUGAUAAGAUGUGUUGGAAAAGAUGCACCGAUUGCUCUUAAAAGGAAACUGGAGGUAAACACAUUUUGAAUUUUCUCAAGUGGGUAAGAUUUGAAAAAAAAAUUUCUUAUGACCUGCUCUCAGUUCCUAAAGUCAGUUUUUUAGGAAGACAUCAUUGUGCUUUUAGGUUCAGUUUUGCUAAAGUGAAGUAAUAGAAGUUGAUUUAUAUU